AUGGCCAAUUACCUUGUUAAGGUGCCAGAGAAUGGGGCCCGGCCGGAGGGCCUGGGCAGGCUGGAGGUGGUGCGGCUGUACCGCCCCGCCAGCCUGGGUGCGCUGCCCUGCCAUGGCCCCAGGCAGAAGUGCCACUCCUGGGGGUGGCGAGCCGUCCCUCGCUUCAUCCUAGGUGUCCUCUGCCUCCUCUACUUCAGCUCCCUGCCCUUCGGCAUCUACCUCCUGCUCAUCGAGCACCACAGCCUGGGCAUUGUCCUGGUCAGCCUCGUGCCCUCCACCCUCCUCCUCUGCAUCGUCUACAGCCUCUGCCAGUGUCUGUGCCGGGAGGUCUUUGGGUUCCCCCACUCCUGACCCUGCAAG